GGGCGGGAUAUCCCGUUGAUGCUGCUGGGUCUUCUGUGUGUAGGUAAUGUCUUUGCAAACAGGAAGAGAAGGGCAAUCGGCUAGAGGAGCUCAGACGGCUUCGAUGCAGACAUAUCGGCCACAAAAUGUAAGGCCCACCCAGUUACAGCAAUCUUCUGGCCAGUAUUCCUAUGAUACCCAAAGUGCUCCACCUCCCAUGUUUUCUAGCCUUCCAAAUACUAGUUACAUGCCUCCUAGGCCGGAUUACAUGUGCUACCCACCGCCUGUGACUCCACCAACACAAAGUACUGUAAACCAGUGUCUGCCCAGGCCAACGUAUCCUGUCAGGCAAAGUUACCCAAUGCCACCCUGUUUUCCUCCUGUCCCUCCUUCUACUCUUGGGCCAAGUAAUCCCCCGCCUGCGGGCCCUCCCACUGCCCAAAGCACUUAUCCUUACAUGGUGCCUCCUCUAAUGCCACCGCCACCUAUUAUGCCCCCUCCUUUGCCCCAUGUAGGCUAUCAACCAGUAUAUCCCUCUGGUUAUCCGCCACAGUCCUUUCCACCACCACCACCCCCACUGCAGCCAGUAUCUAACUUUAGUAGCUACCAACAGAAUUCAGCCUCUUUUCAGGGCAGUAGCCAUUACCGGCACACUAGUCACAGUCAGUACCAAGCCGACAAACCACAAAGCGAUCACAGGGCAGCAGAUAGGGGUAAGCACUAUGAUGCUCAUCGACACAGAGAGUACAGCCAUAGUGACAGACAUCGUUCUGAAAAACAUUGUGAUCGAAGAGAUCGUGGAAGGAGUCCUGACCGGACAAGAAGAUCAGACAGCAGUCGACGUAGAUCGGAGUAUGAAUACAGUAGGACCCCGUCUCAUGGAAGGACCCCUCCCCGACAUGGGAGUUAUGAACGAAGCAGGGAUAGGCACAGGCAUCGGGAGAGUCGAAGAUCACCAAGUCCUGACAGAAGUUAUCGGAAGAGGCCAAAAAGUCCUUCCCCUACUAGAGAUCGUAAGAAAGCAAGAUGGGAAGAAGAAAAGGAUACGGCCUCUGAAAGCCCAUCGUCCCGCAAAGAAAGCAGUUAUACUUUGCUGAAAGACAAGGAGCUUCUGGAUGAGGGCCUCCUGGACAGGAAUGAUGAGGAAGAUGAGGAUUUGCUAAAACCUGUGUGGGUCCGUUGCACCCACUCUGAAAGUUACUACUCUAGUGAUCCCAUGGACCAAGUAGGCGAUUCCACGGUGGUCGGCACAAGCAGGUUACGGGAUUUGUUUGACAAGUUUGAAGAAGAACUUGGCAAGCGUCAAUCAAAAGCUAGAGCUGCUAGGCCAGCGUGGGAGCCACCAAAGACCAAAUUAGAUGAGGAUUUAGAGAGCUCCAGUGACUCUGACUGUGAUACAGAUGAUGACAGCUGCUCCAGCAGCUCCGAUUCUGAGGUCUUUGAUGUGAUUGCUGAAAUAAAGAGGAAGAAAGCUCAUCCUGACCGUCUUCAUGAAGAACUGUGGUAUAACGACCCUGGCCAGAUGAAUGUUGGUCCCCUAUGCAAGUGCAGCAUUAAAGCCAAACGGACGGGGAUCCGGCACAGUAUCUAUCCAGGAGAGGAGUCGAUCAAAGCGUGCCGUCCGAUGACCAACAAUGCAGGGCGCCUUUUUCACUACAGGAUUACAGUGUCUCCACCGACAAAUUUCUUAACUGACCGGCCCACGGUGAUAGAGUAUGAUGAUCACGAAUACAUCUUUGAAGGCUUUUCUAUGUUCUCUCAUGCUCCACUCACAAACAUUCCCCUGUGCAAAGUAAUCCGGUUUAACAUUGACUACACAAUUCAUUUCAUUGAGGAAAUGAUGCCCGAGCAUUUCUGUGUGAAGGGACUGGAAGUGUUUUCCUCCUAUCUGUUCAGGGACAUAUUAGAGCUUCAUGACUGGAAUCUUAUUGGUCCUCCUGUUGAAGAAACUAGCUCCAAAUGCCCACAGUUUCAUUUUAUGCCUCGCUUUGUAAGAUUUCUGCCAGAUGGGGGUAAAGAAGUUCUCUCCAUGCACCAAGUCCUGCAGUACUUACUAAGGAGUAACAAGGCUUUAGUGCCGGAAGAAGAGAUUGCAAACAUGCUCCAGUGGGAGGAACUUGAAUGGCAGAAGUAUGCAGAAGAAUGUAAAGGAAUGAUUGUCACCAACCCCGAAAUGAAACCAAGCUCAGUUCGAAUUGAUCAGCUUGACCGGGAGCAAUUUAAUCCAGAAGUAAUUACGUUCCCUAUUAUUGUCCAUUUCGGUAUAAGACCUGCCCAGCUCAGCUAUGCCGGAGACCCACAGUACCAGAAGCUAUGGAAAAGCUACGUAAAACUGCGCCAUCUACUGGCUAAUAGCCCCAAAGUCAAACAAGCUGAUAAGCAGAAAUUGGUCCAGAGGGAGGAGGCUCUUCAGAAGAUCAGACAGAAGAACACAAUGAGGCGUGAAGUGACAGUAGAACUGAGUAGCCAGGGUUUUUGGAAAUCUGGCAUUCGCUCGGAUGUCUGCCAGCAUGCAAUGAUGCUGCCAGUGCUGACCCAUCACAUUCGCUAUCAUAAGUGCCUUAUGCAUUUAGACAGACUAAUUGGAUAUGUGUUUAAGGAGCGCUGUUUGCUGCAGCUGGCAAUGACUCAUCCGAGUCACCAUUUAAAUUUUGGGAUGAACCCUGAUCACGCCCGCAACUCUCUUUCUAAUUGUGGAAUUAGGCAGCCAAAGUAUGGAGAUCGUAAAGUCCAUUACAUGCACAUGCGGAAAAAGGGAAUAAAUACGCUGAUAAACAUCAUGUCCCGUCUGGGUCAAGAUGAUCCGACCCCUUCACGAAUAAACCAUAAUGAACGGCUGGAGUUCUUGGGUGAUGCUGUGGUUGAAUUUUUAACAAGUGUCCACCUGUACUUUCUGUUUCCUAAUCUUGAGGAAGGAGGUUUGGCUACGUAUAGGACGGCUAUUGUUCAAAAUCAGCAUCUUGCAAUGUUGGCUAAGAAGUUGGAGCUGGAUCGUUUCAUGCUGUACGCACACGGACCAGACUUGUGUAGAGAGUCAGAUCUGCGGCAUGCCAUGGCCAACUGCUUUGAAGCAUUAAUGGGGGCGGUGUAUCUGGAAGGUGGCCUUGAAGAAGCAAAGCAGCUAUUCGGGAGAGUUCUGUUUUUUAAUAAGGACCUGCGGGACGUGUGGCUUAAUUAUCCACUACACCCUCUUCAACUGCAAGAGCCUAACACUGAUCGACAACUGAUUGAGACAUCACCGGUACUAAAGAAGCUGACCAAAUUUGAAGAAGUGAUUGGAGUUAAGUUUACGCACAUACGACUUCUGGCUCGAGCAUACACCUUGAGAACAGUGGGAUUUAACCAUCUGACCUUAGGCCACAACCAGAGGAUGGAAUUCUUGGGCGACUCUAUAAUGCAGCUGGUAGCCUCCGAAUAUUUAUUCAUCCAUUUCCCCGGUCAUCACGAGGGCCACUUAACGCUGCUGCGUAGUUCACUGGUGAACAACAGGACUCAGGCCAAGGUAGCAGAAGAGCUGGGUAUGCAGGAGUUUGCCAUUGCUAAUGAUAAAACAAAGAGACCUGUGGCCCUCAGGACCAAGACUUUGGCUGACCUGCUUGAAUCUUUUAUUGCUGCACUUUAUAUCGACAAGGACUUGGAAUACGUCCACACAUUUAUGAAUGUAUGCUUCUUCCCAAGACUCAAGGAGUUCAUUUUAAAUCAAGACUGGAAUGAUCCAAAGUCACAGCUUCAGCAGUGUUGUCUGACCUUGAGAACUGAAGGGAAGGAACCAGACAUCCCCCUGUACAAGACUCUUCAAACUGUUGGACCUUCUCACGCAAGGACGUACACCGUUGCUGUGUAUUUCAAAGGCGAACGCAUUGGCUGCGGUAAAGGGCCGAGUAUUCAGCAGGCUGAGAUGGGGGCUGCCAUGGACGCCUUGGAAAAAUAUAACUUCCCCCAGAUGGCUCAUCAGAAGCGUUUUAUUGAACGGAAGUACAGGCAGGAAUUGAAAGAAAUGAGGUUGGAGAGGGAGCAACAAGACAACACAGAGGACGUGAGAAAAUAAAGCCUGCCAUUCUUAUAAUACCCAUUCAAACUCACUAGGGGCAGCUGCCAUGCAGCAUCCUCCUGCCUGUUUGCAAGUGUUUACAGACAUCUCGUGCUGUGCCCAGCUAAAUGGGAAAGAAAAUCGUGAACUGAAGUAUUUUUUUAAGUUGCUGUUUCUUUUUUUAUAUAUAUUAACAUUUUAGUGACUUUUAUGCCUUUUUAAAUAAUGUCUUGAAUGUCUUAAUUCUAUUGAUUAUUUUUUGUGUAAGAAUUAAAGUUAAAAAAAAACAAACAACUCUUCUUCUGAACAAUA